ACAAAAGUUUAAAGAUUACAUUUUCAUGUUAUCAUCUUAAAUUUGUUCAUAUUUGUUGAUGCAAAAAAAAUGUUCAUAGAUUCUGCAUUUUCCUACAUUUGUACAGAACCAGCAAUGGCUACAUCCUCAAAUACACCCCAACCACAAGAUGAAGGUCUGAGGAAAUUUCUUCAGAGUCGGGGUAUUCCUGAGGAGAAUAUUCAGAAAAUGCUGCAGGAUCGUAUUGAUACCUCAGUAGUUGAAGAAAUUGAUGAUGACGCUUUGGCUGCCUACAUUCCAGCAUAUGGUGAUAGAAUUGCUACAAGGCGGUUCUGUAUGGAAAAAAAGACAACAGAGCAUCUGACCAAUAGAGAAGACAUCACAGAAAUGGGAGAGGGAGCUGAUAAACAGACCGACGCAGACAAACAACAAAAAAAGACAGCAGAGAAUGUUGAGCAGCUGACACAGAAAACACCAGACAGUAAACAGCAAUCACACACUGUGGAAGAAGAUGGGCAAAGUACCAACAAAAUGUCAGCGUUAGUCUCUACUGCAUCUGAGAUUAUCGAUCUUACAUCUUUGUACAAUACAUCGGAAGUCAUUUUUGGCACUAUGCAAGGUGACGCAUUUUUAGGUGUUUUCGAUGAUACAGUCCCAUUUGAGCCUAUCCUCCCAGUAGAAGACGCACAAAUAAACACUGACACAUUCACCUCAACUCCUAUUCAUUCUGAAACAGUUCCUGCUGCCUCACGAAGUCCUUCUUUUGAACUUUUGCAUGUGACUGUGAAACUUCACAGAGUAAAUCUCUUAGAAGAACUGAUUACUCAAUUCAAGGAUGAAAACAUGAUUAGCUACUCUGUGAAAUACAGCUUCAUUGAUGAAGUUGGUGCAGAUGUGGAUGGUGUGUCCAGGGACGUAUAUGCUGCAUUCUGGACAGAAUUUUUAGACUGUGGAGCAGAGGGUGCAGAUAUGAGGGUUCCAUCGCUGUCCCCAAAAUGGCAAGAAGAAGAAUGGAGAUCUCUUGGUAGAAUAAUGGUCAAGGGAUUGGAGGACCAUGGAUAUUUCCCUUUUCGGCUCGCUCAAGCCUUUACAGCAGCAGUCACAUUUGGUGAACAUUCGGUCUCACCUGAUUUACUGUUUGACUCCCUGAUGUUGUAUCUUAGUCAGUCUGAGCGUGAUCUCUUGUCCACUGCUUUGCAAGAGGCUCUAGUUGGUGAUGAUGAAGAUGAGUUCCUUGAUCUUAUGGAUCGCAUGGGAGUAAGAACAGUACCAACACAAGAAAACUUGAAGGCUGUGCUUCUUCAAGUGGCCCACAAGCAAAUAAUCCAGCAACCCAAAUAUGCACUAGAUAACAUUGCAGCAGUCGCAGGGCCAACUCUCAGGAAGUUUUUCCCCAGUGUGCUUGAAAUCCAUAAGAUGUAUGAUGAUCUUAGACCAACAACGCGAAAGGUGUUAAAGCUGAUCACAGCCUCUCCAAAUACAGCAUCAGAGAACCAAAGUUUGCGGUUUUUACAUCAGUACAUUAGGGGAUUGGAUGAAAUAGGCCUCCGGAAAAUAUUAAGAUUUAUGACUGGGUCUGAUGUCAUCUGCGUUAAGAAAAUUGAAGUCAUAUUCACCUCGUUGGAAGGGCUGGCACAGCGGCCAAUUGCACAUACUUGUGGCCCAACUUUAGAGCUGCCGUCAACUUACAACAGCUAUCCUGAGCUUCGCUCUGAAAUAGAGUCUAUACUGUCCAGUAACUCCUUCACAAUGGACAUUGCAUAG